UUCCGGGUGAGUGAGCCCAAGCUCACCGACUUAGCUCCCGACCCGCCGCGCCGAGGCACUUUCCUACAUUUUGUGAAGGGGAAUCUCCUUGCAGCAGAGAGCCGUCUUCGCGGACCCCUCCCCUCGCCCCCAGCUGAGAGAAAAUGGCUACAGAUCUUAUCCAAGAAGGACAACGGGAAGGACCUGCGAUGGUAAAGGUGGAGGAAGAUCACUUUUACGUACAAGAAACUGACUUGCAGCUGAACAGCCAGUCCAAUCAGAUCUUCCACCAGCGCUUCAGGCUCUUCCGUUACCAGGAGACGCCUGGACCCCGCGAGGCGCUGCGCCGGCUCCGCCAGCUGGGCCGCCAGUGGCUGAGCCCAGAAACGCACACCAGGGAGCAGAUCCUGCAGCUGCUGCUGCUGGUGCAGUUCCUGACCAUCCUGCCCGCCGAGCCCCAGGCCUGGGUGCGGGGACAGCACCCGGAGAGCGGGGAGCAGGCAGUGACCGUGCUGGAGGAUCUGGAGCGGUUGCUGGACGAGCCCGGAGAGCAGGUGGGAAGAGAGGCAUGUUCUGUGGUGACAAAGCGCAGCAUUUACCGGUUAGGUCAGUAGGAGAGCUGUGAGGGCAGCCAUGAGCUUCCGUCCCUGUCCUGCAUCAUUGUUUCUGUCUGUUCCUUUUCCUGCCUCAUCUCUCCUUCUAAGCCUGUUGAGUCCUUUCUCCCUGUCCUGGCUCCAUGGGAAGUACUUCCCAAGGUUUUAACAUCUAGUUCUCAGGGCACUUUCUUCCCAAGCCCCGUGGUCCCUAAUUGUCCCCAGGGCACAUUCCAAGCAGAUGGACAGGAAGUGCUCUGGGAGGAAGUGACAUCCCUGGGAGCGGGCUGCCAGUCACCAUGUGAUCAGCUCCAGCACGUGGAGACCCCGUCCAGCAUGACCUUGGAGCCCCAUUCCCUAGAGAGAGGUGAGGAGAAAGAGGAGGAUCUGUCUGGAAAGGUGGAUCAGGGUAGCUGGGCUCCCGCUUGGCCAAUCACAGCCAUUCUUUACAGUUUAAUCAGGAGUAGUAUCCAAGAAGACUGAUGGCCGUGCAUGAUUUCACCCAAAAUCCUCCCUGGCUCAUCUGCCUCUCUGUUUGCAAAGUAUAACCGGUAUUCUUGACCUUUUAAGCAAAAGAUUUUUAUUUACUUAUUUAUUUACUUUAACAUACCCAUCUUUGCUUUUCAUUAAAACGUGGAAUUAUCACAUCAUUCAGUGGCUUCUUAUAUUAUCUCUCCAUUAUGAUCUUUACAGAGGCCUCCUCAGUGUCUUGCCCUAUCCUGUCUUUCUAAGUUUUCUCUAUCCGUUAGGAUAGAGCCACCUUUUAAACCUUUCACUUUGCACUGCUCCUAUCUUCUUCCACAUUAAAUUCCCUCCUGUUUUCAUGCCCAUACCUUCCCCUGCAUCUCCAGUCUACUUUCAACCCUUUUUCCCUCCCACAUUCUCUCCAUGUCAGGAAGAACUUCAUACACAGCAUGUCAGAUGUGCUUCCCACUAACAAAGUUUCCUGAUCCCCUUUUUACGUCCUGAUCCCCUUCACAAUCUCCAGAAAAUAGGGAUAAAGUGACCAGAACAGCCAAGAAAUCAGACCUUUUCCGGUAUUUCCUUUGAGUUGAGGUAGAAUCUUCAUCUUAAUGAGUUUGGUGGGACAUUUAUCUCCCUCGGGCCAAAUUUCAGUAAAACUGUUUUUCCAUAUCUUAGUUAAUAUAAGGGAAUUAUCAGUUUACACUGAAUCUUCAAGAAGUGCCCUAUUUGGGGGAAGAUUAAGAGGAAGUUUUCUUUCCAAGCAAUAGAAUGAACACACUUUUGCCUUUCUGCUAUAAUUGAAUUUGAUUGCAGUUUAAAGUGCUCUUUAUACACUUAGACUUUUUUCUUAAGUUUAUUUAUGUAUUUUGAGAGAGAGAGAGCAAGCACAAGCUGGGGAGGAACAGAGAGAAAAUCCCAAGCAGUCUCUGUGCUGUUAGUGCAGAGCCUGACUCGGGGCUUGAUCCCACAAACCACGAGAUCAUGAGUUGAAGUGAAGAGUCUGAUGCUUAACCAACAGAGCCACCCGGGCACCUCCUAUAAACUUAGACUUUUAACAAACAUUUUAAUAAUCUGUGCCCUUUGGUAAAUUCUGUUUCCUGUUCUACCUUGGUAAGUACCACUUUCACCUUUCCUCUCUAGUACUUGCCUUCCUUAACUGAGCUGAAGACAUAUUUAUUGAUUGUUGCGGGAAUAUGACCACAAAAGAGAAAAAUGGUCCCUUGGGGUGUAAUAGACCAUCAGCUCAAACAGGUGACAUUUCCAUUUUGUUUACUUUUAUAGAUGUUUAAAAUUUUCCAUAACAAAAAG